AUGCAGGCCUAUCUGCAAUACAGAAGAAUUCACCAAGCGGUUAAACUCCACAUUGAUGGAACUUCCAAAGAAGACGCUGCUGCAUUGGGUUCGUCCGAAAGCCAAGGAAAUGGUUCAAUUCGCAGCCAGCCGCUGUAUCAUGACAUUCCACCAGAAAAUCCGACAGGAGUGCCCUCAGAAGAAAUCCGCGUUGCACAGUGGGAGGACUAUGAUUCCCAUUUGAACCCACGUAACUACAGCCCAUGGCGGAAGUCUGCGAUGACGGCUUUAGUGUCCUUGAUCGGGCUAUCGUGCACCGCCGCUUCCGCUAUCGAUUCAGCUGGCGUAUCUCAAUACAGUGAAUAUUUUGGGGUCUCUACAGUGGUUGGAUCUUUGACAACUGGUCUGUUCAUGAUUGGCUUUGGAAUUGGAUCUUUCAUUUCUGGGCCCUUUUCGGAGACAUUCGGCCGGAACAUGAUAUAUAUGGUGACCAUGGUGGUCUUCCUUAUUUGGAUUAUGGCGGCCGGACUCGCCCCGAAUAUCCAGAGUCAUCUCGUCUUUCGCUUUCUUGCGGGAUUAUUUGCUGCCACGCCCCUUACAUGUGUAGGGGGAACGGUCGCAGAUAUUUGGGACCCGCUGCAAAAAACAUACGGAUUUAUUAUAUAUACGAUUCCCGCAUUCAAUGGUCCUAUGAUUGGUCAGGUUAUCGGAAGUUAUAUCCCCAUGACAUUAGGAUGGCGCUGGCUGGAAUGGAUUAUGCUAAUCUUCGGAGGACUGAUGUUGACUGUUAUGAUAUUUCUGCAACAGGAAACACAUCAGGACCUCCUCUUAACCUGGAAAGCAUCAGCACUCAGAAAGUAUUCUGGCCAGGAGUGCUGGAGAGGGCCAAUGGAGAUACGCGAAGUUACUCUCUGGCAACGGCUAAAGAUUGCAAUUACUCGACCUUUCAUCUGGAUAAUGACUGAGCCCAUCAUUAUUCUUACGUCUCUAUAUCUUAUCGACAUCUAUCACUUUUCCCAGGGUCUGAACAAUGUUACUUGGGUUGCAAUGUUUAUCGGGUCGGCCAUGGUGAUUUUACAAGUCCCAUUCGUCUGGUAUGUUUCCAGAAAGCAGCAGGAAAGAAUAUCUCAAAUCCACCCUGAGACUCGAUUGUGGUACGCGAUGCUUGGUGGCGCGCCGGCUAUCCCGAUCAGUCUAUUUUGGAUGGCCUGGACGACCUAUAGCCAUAUUAGCGUCUGGAGCUCUAUUAUCGCGUCCGCAGUUUUCGGUUUUGGCAUAACAACCGUCUUCAUCAGCGCUCAUCUAUAUGUGAUUGACGCAUACGAGAAGGGUGCUGCAUCUGCCUUUGCCAUGCUUGUCAUGCCUCGAUACCUUGCAUCAGGUGGAAUUACAGUGGCAGGGGGCCCUAUUUAUUCCAGCAUUGGAGUUCACUAUACACUGAGCAUUCUCGGGGCGAUCAGCGCCGUCAUGGCUUUCGUUCCUUACAUUUUCUACUUCUACGGGCAUCACAUUCGGCGUGUCAGCCCACACGCAGUGGUCCAUGACUAA